CUGAUCAGUGGACCCGAGAUCAUCGAGAACGCUUGACCGUGACCGUGUCAUCUCCACGCGUUCACAGACGUCUCGAUUUUUUUCGCUUGGUAUAAUCGCGACGGCCGGCUAGCAGAGCGUUUGCAAUUUUCAAUCCCCGGCAAAUAAAUGUAGAAAAAAAUUACUCGCAAAACUUUAGUGUACUUCAAAGAUUAUCCUAAAUUUAAAGUAUUUUUAUCUUGAAAUUAUUAAAACCAAGAAAAGAAGUUGGACUUUAGGAUUAAAGUCUGUUUAUAAGAUAAAGCUAAAGAAGGAAUUCUAAAGAAAGCGAAAAGGGAGGCCAUAUAUAACGGCUCUGCUUUAAAUAAUACUGCGUGUCACGCACGGUUGAAUGCACGCGCGAUAUAAAUUUUCGUUUAUUUUGUAACGGGGCGCUUAGUAUCGGGAUCGCCGCCGAGACGAGUGUUAUCACGGUGCUUUUGCGUCAAUCGAUUUUUCAUUAUUAUUGCGCGGUAUCGCGCGACUUACAUAGUACAGUCAGCAGUGAUGAAUCGUCUCGCCGACGAGACAAACAUUUAGAGCUCACGAGGUCUUCGAAGAGUCGACGCCAAGGACGUCGCAGUAUAACGUCUUUCUAUAAUAUCUGAAGAGAGAAAAGUGCCAUUCCUUUUCAAUAAACUGCAAAGAUUCCGAUGACUCAGAAAUCCUUGGAUGCUCACGUCUGCCGCGUAGUCUUCGCCAGACUGCAAUAAGGUGACAAAAAAGAAGACAUUCUUAAUGCACUGUCUGUGACCGAUCGUGCAAAGGACUCAAAAAGUUAAAUAAGUGAUAAAAUUUAUUUAUUUAUGUGACGUAUGUCCCCGUCACAGUGAAACGAGUUCCCCACUUUCGCACUUCUACGAAAACGAUUUACUCUGACGUAGGAAGUUACGUGUAACACGAUAAGAUUAUCGUAAUACGUAAGGCUACAAGAUACCGUGACAGAAUUGAGAGCGGAAGAUUGCGGGUAGGACACACAGGGAGGAGCAGUAAUAUCUGUUAACACGAAGAGAACGUUUAUUCAACAUGUUCCUCAACGAGACUCUUUUGGUGCUGGCGUACACGGCCAACAUGAUGGCUACCUUGCCGGAGGAAACAGGCUCGAAAAACGUCAGUGCAAUCCAGAAUAUCACUACCACAACCUUGUCGCCGGAAGAAGAGGAGAACAAAUUCGACAUGGACGAUCAAUGGUACAUGUGGCGAUGCUUCGAGCCGUACGGUUGCUUCUACAUUGGAGCACCCUGGUCCGGAGAAAAUCGACCAGUGUCCACAUUUCCGGCACGCCCGGACAGCAUCAACCCCCGGUACAUCCUCUACAUACGUGAACGAGCCGAACAGCCUCAUGAGGUAAAAAUCGAUCAAUUUCUCACGAUUCAAGAAGCACCUUUGAAGAAGAAGAGCAACUUGUACUUCAUCAUCCACGGAUUCCUCGACAAUGGCGACAAGACGUGGGUUCUGAGAACAAUGAAGGAGUUGCUGUUACGAGAGGACUGCAACGUCGUGAUAGUUAAUUGGAUCGCUGGUGCUGGACCACCUUAUACGCAGGCGGUGGCGAAUACGCGACUGGUGGGUGCUAUGACAGCGCGAUUGGCGGCUCAGCUGAUCGAGGUUGGUGGGAUACCGCCCUCGAAAAUGCACUGCAUCGGACACAGUCUGGGCGCCCACACUUCUGGUUACGUUGGAUAUACUUUGAAGCGUCGAUAUGGCUACAAACUUGGGCGAAUUACAGGCCUUGAUCCGGCGGAGCCGCACUUUAGCAACACCUCGCCGAUGGUUCGCCUGGAUCCAACGGACGCGACGUUUGUGACAGCCAUUCACACCGACUGCAAUCCUUUUAUCAGCGGCGGACUCGGCAUUACGCAACCGGUAGCACACAUCGAUUUCUACCCGAAUGGCGGUCGCAAUCAGCCCGGUUGUAACGAGGGUGUCCUCAAUUCCAUCACCUUGGAACGCGGCAGCUUCUUCCGCGGAAUUAAGAGAUUUUUGGGAUGCAACCAUAUUCGUAGUUACGAAUAUUUCAUCGAGAGCAUAAACAGUCCAUGUCCGUUUUUAGCUGUGCCCUGCACGUCUUGGGACAAGUUUCAGGAAGGCAGCUGUUUCGACUGCGUGAACCAAUAUUGUCCUAGAUUCGGAUUGGACGCUCAACCCGGAACCUACCACGCAUCUGUAUACUUGAUGACCGGAUCUGAAAAACCAUUUUGCAAGGGUCACUAUAAGGUGACGAUAAACGUCUCCAAGACGAACGAGAGCUUGUUGCAUGGCGGAGAGGUCGGAAUGUUCGUGGUGCGCGCGAUUGGCGCAAACGGCAGGAAGACUGAGAGGAUGCAGCUGAGUCCAACUUCGAAGUAUUACGAACCCGGUAGUACGCACACGGUUGUGCUGCCCGGCGACGUUGUAGGCAAGCCAGACUCGGUGGAGAUCACAUGGGAAUACCAGACUUCGGUCUUCAAUCCGCUCACCUGGAGGCUGCUGCACACUCCGCGGGCCUACAUCGAUUCGCUGACCAUCAAGAGUCUGGAGACUAAUCAUGGGGUCACUCUGUGUCCGGAUAACACCAAGACGUUGAUAGCGAACGAGCCGAAGAUCUUGACCGUGGAAAAUUGCCGCAAUACGGAGCACAACGUAAUUUCCACGUGAAGUAUAGGCGAUGAAACUUGUACAUGUAAUACGCUGUUUCCUCGCAAUCAAGGAAUUUUCUUGAAACCAGUAUAAUUUCGAUGAAUAGAGAUUCUGAUGCUACAAACAUCGACGAUCUCUAUAUAAUUAUUUCUGGAAAUUAAUGCAAAGCAAGAUUGGUAAAUUAAAAUCAAAUUAUUCUGGUUUCAAUUUGAUGACAAAGGCCGACAAAGACCUGCUCGUAAUCACAGAAUAACACUCGUUAACUGUCGUCUGCAUGAAGGUAUCUUGAAUGCAUCUAUUUUUAUAUAAGAAUAUAUAAAGCAAAAAGAAAAAGAAAAAAUAUCUGAUAUUUAAUUGUCUCGCAAUAUCUGCUGAGGAAAAUCAUUAUUUAAUGUAGAAUAGUAAAUCGAAGGACGAAUCUCAAAAGAGUUCUCAUGAGACUUUUCACCUUCACGCAGAUGACAGUUUAUCUCCAGAAACUCCGGCGUUUCCGACUCCGAUUCCAAAUUGUUCAUUUUGCGGUUGUCAUAGGUGAACAGCCGAUCGUGAGCGAGGCGAGCGAGUGCAAAUCGUGCAUAAUAACGCCGGUUUCCCUCGUGACCAAUGGCAAAGUCACGAUCCUUUCACUGUCAUUAUGCGCCCGGGGUUUCUCUCUUUCUCUUUCUUAUUAUCUUUUUCUCUCUUUCUCUUUCGACCCGUCACCACAGGACACUUUUAUGCAACAACGUUGUCGUUGCAUCGGUAAAUUGUCGCUGACCCCACUAAUUUAUGAUCGUAAAUAUUUAUGCGCUGGAGGGCUGCAUUUUCUUCAAUUACGUGACACCUAAUGCUAACAUCGACAUGACUAACGACGGUUAGCAUUAUUACAGACCUGAUGUUACUUUUGGGUUCUGAUGCAAAAAAAGAAAGGAGAGAGAAGAGAAGAAGAACAUUUAAUUUUUCAUUGCAAAAAAAGAGCAUUACUGUGAUUAAUUGCGAAUUUAAUGAUAAUCGCAGUGAUAGUAUGCGAGGAGUAUUUGUUUGCUUCAUAACAACAGAAUCAUUAUUAUAACAUGUUGUUAAUAAGUUUAUAAUUUCGCCUAUUCACAUUGUAUUUAAGCAACACAGAAAUGCAAAACGAACCGAACGAAGGAGUGCGAUUUCUGUGUUCCGAAUGAAGCCAAGAGGAAUUGUGAGGAAUCUAAAUUCUUUGUUUUCGUUAGGUAUAUUUGAUUGAUUUUCAGGAAUCGUAGGAAUAAUCCUACGAUUAAUGCGAUGUUACAAUAAGAAAUGAAAUCAUUAAAUUUAAACAAAAUUUAAUGGAAGUUAAGUUAGCAUCUAACAUAUCACGUGCAUUAUUUAAUUUCUAGCCAGUGCAUAUAUUUAUAGAAAUAUCUCAUUAUUUUACAUAAGUAAUGUUAUGUUCGUAACAUAAGCGCGAUAAGGGUUAUUAAACAUAAAUGUACAUACGCAAAUAAACUUAUUCAAAACAG